UGUAAACAAUGCCUGAAAUUUCAAUUUGUAAAUGAUUUUACUUUUUGAAGUAUUUUAAUUAAUGAUUACGUUUUGUAUGAUAAUAAAUAGUUAUUUUGAAAUGGAGAGACAGACAUUUAAAGUAUUAAUUGCUGCUACUGGAAGUGUGGCAGCAAUGAAAGUGCCUCUGCUGGUUGAUAGCCUAAAAAAAUUAAAUGAAAACAAUUUGGAUUAUUGCAUUGAGCCCCAGGUAAUGGUCACAGAGCAUGCUAAACAUUUCAUAGAGGAUUUUGACAAACUGCACGCACACGAAGACAGCACAGAAUGGUCGGCCUGGCAGAAGCGUGGUGAUCCAGUUGUUCACAUUGAGCUGGGGAAGUGGGCCGAUUUGUUGGUGAUCGCGCCUCUAGAUGCUAAUACUUUGGCUAAAAUUUCUCAAGGUAUCUGUGACAAUUUAGUGACAAGCACAGUCAGAGCUUGGGAUCUGAAGAAACCGCUGUUAUUCUGUCCAGCAAUGAACACUCGCAUGUGGGAGCACCCGAUAACAUCACAACAAAUUGCUGCACUCAAAGAGUGGGGGUACGAGGAAAUAGCACCAAUAAGUAAAACACUGAUGUGCGGCGACACCGGCGUAGGGGCGAUGGCAGAGGUCUCAACUAUCGUAGGCAAGAUAAAAGCUAAAGCAGAUAAAAAAUUCCAUCCAUAAUAUUUUUUGGACAGUAAAUUGAACAUGUUAGAAAUAUUUAUAUAUUGUUUUAGCCAAAUAUGUUUUCAUGUUGGAUAUAAUAUUUUUAUUGAAUUUGUGAAAUGAGUAAUAUCAGUUGACAUAGGAUACCUAGGAACUGGGAGUAAGC